AUGUUCUCUUCAUUAUUGUCGUCAAAGCCCAAGAUCUCCGUCACGCUCGCUCAGGAGGCCAUCUACGUUCACCCCUCGGCGGUCGAGGACCCUGAACUCUGGCAAGAGAAUCUCCCGUCGCCUGAUCCUCUCCUCUGUGGGACCGUCUUGGUGUCUUUGGCAACCCCGAGAGCCUUCGAUCGGAUAAAGGUGGUUCUAGAAGGACUUUCUGAUGCGUUUGGUGAGUUCAUUAAAAAAUUAGGACGCUCAAGAACCGAAAGAGAUCACUGAAGUUUCCGAAGCGCCCCUCAUCAUCACUGACUCUACGCCGGAUCACCUGUUUUGUCGAAGGUGGAGGCUCCAACCCCUAUGAAACGCGGACUACAAUACACAAGGAAGUAUGUGUCGAACUUGGUGGGGAGGUUCUGCCAGCAGGGAACCACGCGUGAGUCCCCCUUUGCCCAGCGCAAUCCUCCAGAACUUUCAACAUUGACACACGCUCUGAGUCCAAACGUUCUUCAAGAUUCAACUUCAGCUUCAUCAUUCCUUCCAACACGGCCAUCCAUCAAAGAUGCAACUAUGGUCGCGUCAGACAUUUUGUCAAGGCGGCAGGCUACCUCUCGGGUACGCUCGCAGGAUCAAUCACCACACCUCCUGUCGCAUUCUUCGUUAUCGCAAACCCCAGCAGGCCGGGGGAGCUUCCCUUACCGACCAACAUCGACAUUCAAUACGUCAACGAACAUCUUGGGCCGGUUGGAGUCCAGAUCAACUCGCCCCAUCUCACAGUGGCCAGUCUCCUCUCUGUACGAGUGGCCCUCCCGUCCCCGCCGGCUCCUGUCGAGAUCAAGUCGAUCAACUCGAGCAUCCACCAGACUUACGAAGUUCACUACGUCGACGGCCGAAUAUCGAGACCACCCGUUCAAAAGCAUCUGUUGACCAAAGUCAGCAUGCGAGCAUCACCUUCUCUAUCAGUGCCGAUCUGCACAACCGAAUGUGGGACCGAAGCGCCCGAGUCGUCGACCGCCAGCGGCCCCGAGCCCGCCCAGUGCUUCCUUAGCAGACCUCUGACGAGGGACCCCACGGGUACCCCGUGUUGCCCUCCGAGACCCGACAUCCCGGAGUCGGAUCCUCUUCCACUUACUCUCCUAAAGGGCCAGGAAGAUGAUUUCGUCUACCACCGCAUGUUCCGGUGUCCGACGGAUGACCUCGUUCGACCUACGACUCUCGCAGGAUGCAAUGACAGUCCAAUCAAGGUGUCGCAUGCCCUCGUCAUCGAAAUACAAUACCGGCUCGUCGACCAGCCCACCGACGUACCCGAUUACGUCUUGACGAUCCGAAAACCGAUUCAAAUCACAUCUUGUUGCUGCCUGUGGGACUCGCUGCUGUUACCUGUCUAUGCGCAAAAAUCUCCCAAGAUCGUCAAGCGCCCGCUACGAGAGGCGUGCAUGUGCACCUACUCACUCGAAACGAUGCUGGAUCGGGAUGGCGAGGCUUUGCAGAGAGCUGGCUCGAUCGAGUCGUCGUCUGGGGAAGCAAGGUUCCUUGGUUCAGCUCGGUCACUCAAGUCCCCAUCUUACAGUGAGGCAUCGUCUUAUGCAUCCUCUUUGGUCGAGGAGCCCAGUUCAGUGGCACAGGAUUGA